AGUCAACACCACCCUAUUUCAAAUGGUAUAAAAUUGCAUUACUGAAAAGGGUAUUUUUCACGCUAUCUUGAUCACCUUUCGACCACCAUUUCCAUGUGGGUAUUCGGAAUUCAACAUUCCAUUUGAAACCCAUAUAUAUAUAUUCCAAUCUGAUAAACCCCUGACUUCUGUCCACAGAAACCAAGAUUUCAGUCUAAAGAUUGGAUAGAAAAACCCUAUUAUGAUGUUGCAUACAGAGCCAUCUUUCUCUGUUUAUGCUGAUGCAGAUGUGUUUCUUGAUAGUAAUACAAUUGGGGAUUUAAAGGUCAAACAAGGCAGUGGUGAGUUCAGUUUUGCAAAUGAUGAAGAUGGUAGUAGUAGAUUCAGUGGAUUUGAGAAUUUGGGUAUUCAAAAAGAAGAUCAACAGAUUGAAUCAGUGGGUAUUAAUGGCAAACAGACAAGCUUUGAUCAGACUGUUGACGAAGAUCCUUCAAACCCUGUGUUCUUGAAGAACCAUGCUCAUCUUUUGUUGUCGAACGGAGAUCUUAACGGAGCUGAGGAAUACUACUUGCGCGUUACACAGACAGAUGCUAACGACGGGGAAUCUCUAAUGCAAUAUGCUAAGUUGGUAUGGGAGCUUCAUGGUGACAAAAAUAGAGCCUCGGCUUAUUUAGAGAGGGCUGUUCAUGCCGCUCCUCAAGACUGUAACGUUCUUGCAGCAUAUGCAAGUUUUCUGUGGGAAAUAGAUGAAGACGAAGAGAAUGAUGAAGCGACUACACUUGUUGAGCAAUCUUUGGAGGUAGAAGAAAGACCGGGAAUCCUUGGAGUUGAAGCUGUCGAGGAAUAUUACAAGAGCAUGGUUAACAAAAACCGCGGUGAUUCUUUGCUUCUUAGCAACUACGCCCGCUAUCUUCAACAGACCAAGGGAGACCUUGAAGGAGCCGAAGAGUAUUACUCACGUGCAAUACAAGCGGAUGGUGAGGACGGCGAGGUAAUUUCAGAAUACGCUCAAUUGGUGUGGGAACUUCAUCGCGAUCAACACAAAGCCGCUAGUUACUUUGAGCGAGCGGUUGAAGCUGCUCCAGCCAACAGUCAUGUUCUUGCUGCAUAUGCCAAGUUUCUAUGGGAAGUAGAGGGUGAAGACGGUGACGAAUAACUCGGCCUACCACUUCUUUAGGGGUCGCUGGUCCGUGACCCGGGACUUCUAAAGACAUUUAGCUUUUACUUCGCUUUCAACAGACAACAAAGCAUGAGAUAACCGAUUGUAUAACCAUGCAUCGGAAAUGCAGAAUUGCCAAGUUUACGUGUUAUAAGGUCGAGACUCGACCAAUAUGUUGUCGGCUUGUAUUCUGUUUUCUUUUCUUCUAUUGAUAUAUGUAACAAAGCACGAGGGUUUCAAUAUGGAUAGAAAAUUAGA